AUGUCACACGAACUAUCUAGAGACGAUAAAAAGCUACAAUAGUUAAUCGCCCUAAUUGAAAAAAGGGAACACUAGGAGCGCAGAAAGCAAGAGAAGAAAAAACUUCAGGAGACUAACCAGAUCCAAUAAGUGGUCAAGAAGAGCCAAAGUGUUAAUUUGCCCCCGACAGUUAAGUCGAAGCCAAAAAUUGAAAUAAGUUUCGCAGCGGGGGCAUUAGAGUAGAAUUCGAGGUAUAUGCAUCAGCAGCAAGAGCGAUAGAGGUCUAGUCAGGCUAAAGCUGGCUCCUCUAGCACAUCUGCUCCUCAGCAGAAUUGGUAAUCUUGGAAUAGAAGCUGCGACCAAUAAAAAGAUGGGACUAGUUUGCUCAAAUCCAGACUCAAAAGUGAUGAUGAUGACGAUUAAUAGUCAUCUAGUAGUGAGAGUAUUAUUGGCAAUCAUGAUCCCUAUAAACGCCGUAGAAUUAAUUCCAAUGAAAUUCCAAAUGAUAACGAAGCUUCUCAAUAUUCGAACGGUAGAGAUAAGGUGAUAAAUAAUAGUUAGUCACAAUUAUCAUCAAAUUAUGAAUCACCUUAGUAAAUGACUCUGCCUGAUAAACCAGUAUUAACUCAGUAAAAUUUGAGUUAACCUUAGCAGACAAAUUAAAACUAGUAAAACGGUCAUAAUUCCUAGCAAUUAUAAUCCAACCAAGAAGAUUUCAAAUCUGAUGAACCUAGAUAAAAUUUAGAUGUAAGCAAGAAUAGGAAAAACUCUUUGCAAUAGAAUUCAUAAAAUAGUGGAAAUAAUGUCAAGUAGGAAGAUGAGACGUCGAAGAUUUUUGAAGCGACAUUGAAGUUAUAAAACGAGAUGAGAAAGGCUUAUUCACAUUUCGGCAAACCUUUUUAUGAAGAUUAACUCUAUCUUAAUAUCAAAGAAGGACGUUCUCUUAAAACUGCACUCUUAAUCAAGGCUAGAUUCUAUUAAUGA